AUGGGUGGUAAAGAUGGCGGAGACAGCGGUGGGAAGGUAGCCGAUGGUGGCAAGGGAGGCGGUGGUGGAAAAGAUAGCGGUGGAGGAAAUUCAAGCGUCGAUGGUGGUUCAGUAGGAAAUAUGAAGGCCCCUGGUGGUGAUGGAAGUCACAUCUCAAGAGAAGCAUUUGAGAGCAAUCCUAAGGCAUACUUCAGCGAUCUGCAUGCUGCAUCUAAGCCAAACAAGUAG